UCAGGAUCACCAUCAUCCAUUUCUUAGACCCGUCCGUCCGUCCAUCCAGAACACCCAGGAUCUUUCUUUCUUUCUUUCAUUUUCGUUCUCUCUCUCUCCUUCCCUCCCCAGAAGAUGUUCAUCGGCCGGUCUUUUACCGAAUUGUACGAGCUCGAAGUCAGAGGAGACGCCGGUCUGGUUAUCUAGCGAUCUAGUCGUCAGAGUUGCUCGUGAAACAAGAAGAGAAUGAUACUUUUAGCGAAUGAAGAUCAGUCUGGCGCGGCUGAACAUUUGUGGGAAUCAUGUUGUAGUUCUCAGCGUCGUUCACUGCUGGCUAGGCAGCUGUCUCGAAAUUAUACAAUUCAUGGAGAUUGAAGAGUACAAGAAGAAUUGAGUUUUAUAUUAUUCUGGAGGUGGACACGAUGCACUUCCUCGGACGAUCUCCAGGACGGGCAUCGGUAGUCUCCUCUCCUGAUCUGCCCGCUAUCUGCGAACGCUUCAGGAUGCUGUUGAUUCUGGUGCUAUGUUGCCUCCAGCUCGGUGCUUGCGCCGUUGAUCAAGAGGACAACACCUUCGGAGAAAUAAGCAGAAUCGAGACUCUUGUUGAGACUCUCCAGGAUCCAGAUAUCGAUGCACGUACAGAAUCGGCCGGGAACGAGCAUGGCAGCAUCAACAUCGAGAGUGGGCUUCCUCCGGCGGCCUCCAUCGAAGCGCAUAUGGGCCAGCAACAAGCACACGGCGGUCCCAGCAGCCAGCGAGAGCUGCAGCAGUUUAGACUUCAGGACGAAGCCGUCGAUACUUCGUUAACGACUCGUCACGAGCCUCACCAUGGUUCUCUGGAGGAAUCUACACACUCCCGAAGAAUAUCUCGCACUUUGCUCCAAGACAGCUUCGGGGAGGCCGAUGCACUCCUGCAAUUCAAGGCCGAAAUCGAAAACUACACGGACAAUGCUUUGGAUGGAUGGACAACGGGGAAUCGCUCCACCUACUGCUCGUGGACGAGGGUCAUCUGCGACGAUGAGCUGCACGUGAUCUCCCUCAACUUCUCCGGGCUGAAGAUGAACGGCACUUUGGGUCCUUCGUUGAGCAAGCUCGAAUACCUUGAGGACCUCGAUCUGAGCCACAAUUUCCUGUUGAGCGAGCUUCCCGUGGAAUGGGGCCGGCUGCAGAGGCUGCAGACCUUGAACGUCCAUGACAAUGUUCUCUUCGGUGGAGUUCCUGCAGAGUACGGCAACAUGUCCAGCUUACGGGUUCUCAACAUCGGAGUGCAGGGCUGGUUCUUCAAUGGGUCCAUUCCGGAGGAGCUGGGUCUGCUCUCUGAGCUCGAGGUUCUGGCCCUGGGCACGCUCUUCAAUUUCGACGCCAAGCAGGACUACUACCCUUACCGGUCGAACAAGAUGAGAGGCCCCAUUCCCAAGUCCAUCGCCAACUGCACGAAGCUGUGGUACUUGGAUUUCUUCGGCAACAACAAUCUGACGGGUCCAAUUCCGAGAGAGUACGGCCAGCUCGUCAAUCUGGAGUAUCUGAGCUUCGAGCAGAACAAUUUCACAGGCUCCAUCCCAUCCGAGCUGGGCAACCUGACGAAGAUCAAGUUCCUGAACUUGGGAAACAAUGCCCUGGAGGGAAAUUUCCCCGUGGAGCUGGCGUCGCUGUCGGAGCUCGAAUUCCUGAAUGUGGGGACCAACUUCCUGGGGGGGAGUUUUCUGACAGUUGAAUCCACCUCAUGGAGUCGGCUCGAAAAGCUCUUCAUCGACGGGAACGAAUUUGGUGGCUUCUUCCCCGCAGCUGUGACGGCCAUGACGGCGCUGACGAAGUUCUACAUGUUCAACAAUGAGUUCACCGGUGGCCUCCCCGAGAACCUGGGGCGGCUGGCCAACCUCCGAGAGUUCAGCUUCCGCAGCAACGGGCUGAACGGGGAAUUGCCCGAAAGCCUCACCAACUGCACGCAGCUCUUUCUGCUGGACGCAGCAGACAACUAUCUCACGGGCACGCUGAACCCGCUGAGAAACCUCUCGCUGCUCGUUCUGCUGGACGCAGCGAACAACAUGCUCACGGGCACGCUGGACCCGCUGAGAAACCUCUCGCUGCUCGGUCUGUUGGAUGCAGCGAACAACAAUCUCACGGGCACGCUGGACCCGCUGAGAAACCUCUCGCUGCUCGUUCUGCUGAACGCAGCGAACAACAGGCUCACGGGCACGCUGGACCCGCUGAGAAACCUCUCGCUGCUCUCGGACAUGAACCUCGGCACCAGCUACUUGCUCCUGAACGACAACGACUUCCGAGGCCCCAUUCCCGCCGAGCUCGGCAAGCUGCCGAAGUUGAAGUUCCUCUUCCUGCACAAUAACGGGCUGUCGGGGCCCAUACCCACGAGCUUGGCCGACCUGAAGAGCAUCGUACAGGUCAAUCUGAGCAACAAUUCUCUGACAGGAGAUAUUCCCCCGGAUUUCGGAGUUCUGGAGACUUUGGAGUACUUGGGCCUGCAUAACAACGCGCUGACGGGCAGAAUCCCUCCAGAGCUGGGGCGACUGCAGAAGAUGGUGAAACUCAUCCUCCACAGCAACAACCUCACGGGAAGCAUUCCCGCGUCUCUGGCGAACUGCAGCUCGCUGAGAAGCAUCAGGCUCAGCAACAAUAAGCUCACGGGCACAGUGACUCAGAUUGACUUCUUGCAGCUGCGAUCCCUCGAGAGCUUCUCUGUCAACAGGAACCAGCUGGGCGGAGGGUUUCCUGUGAGCGUGUACAACUGCACGGAUCUGAAGCUCCUGGACCUGAGCAGCAACGGAUUCUCAGGCGAGCUCCCUGACAACUACGAGUACUCUCAGCCAGUGCUAAGCGAUUUGCGAGUUUUGGUACUAUCAUCCAACAAAUUCGGCGGCAGCGUGCCCGGCUGGAUUUGGAAGCUUCCAAAGCUUCAAGUGCUCGACUUGUCGCACAACUCGUUCGCGGGAGUCUGGCCCACCAAUCUCUCGGGCUUGGAAGGAUUUAGUCGCCUCUUAGCGUCGCCAGACGACCGUAAGAGGCGAUGCAGCAGUGUCAACAAUGACAAAAUCAUCUCCGUGCAGGUCGAGGUGGAGAGGAGUACAUUGCUCGAGCAAAUUUCCAUUGAGGCCGAGCAAAUCUUCAUUGAUGCCAAAGGUUCGCGACUCGAGUACUUACUCGAGUCGCGAACCUUUGGCCAGCAAUGUCCUACCGUCCACCUCCUAACUCUCGAGUACGUCCUCGAGACUCUUAUCUCCAUCGACUUGUCAUACAACCAGCUCUCCGGAAGGCUCCCGUACUCGCUCGGAGCGUUGCGCGGGUUGACGUACUUGAAUCUGGCGCACAAUAAUUUUUCGGGCGAAAUCCCUCAAGUGUUCGAAGAUCUGUUGCGUCUGGAGUCGCUGGAUUUGUCGGCCAACUAUCUCACGGGGAAGAUUCCUGCGGUGGUGCUGAGCUGGCCCUGGUUGGGCUAUCUGAACCUAUCCUACAACUUCCUCGAGGGCGAGAUCCCCACGGUGAAUACUUUCUCCAAGAGGUAUCCUAAACUCAUACCCUACACAAUUUCGUCCUACAAGCCCGGGAACGAUCAGCUCUGCGGGCCCCCGCUCGAGACCACUUGCGGAAGCUCGGCCACACUCGGGGCUCCGUCGUCCGAGCUCCUGGAUGGUACAUUCUGGCGGGCCUUCGAGAUCGGAACGGCGAUCGGGGUCGUGGUUGUGAUCGGGGUCGUGAUCGGAACGCUGAGAACAAUGCCCUGCUCACGGUACUGGCUUCUGCAUACUCAAGAUAUCGCUCGCCAUUUCAAACAAGGUAGAUACGGAGGAUUCAACGAACCGACAUAGACCGAAUGGCAAGUGAUAUAGAAUAAUUUCCAAUGGGGUGAUCAAGUACAAGUACUUGACUUGGAAGUGAAAAGGUAGUACACGGAGACUCUAGCAUUCUAAACUUCAAUGUACAUUCUCUUUCUACACAUAGACUCUCUCGCUCUAAACUCCAAUCCCCCAAUUCGAAAAAAGAAAGAGUAUUUGAAUACCCGGGUGUGUAAAACUUCUGAAAAAAGUGAAGUUGGAAUGGUAUUCCCCUACGCACUGAAUUCAGACCCUGUAGAUGGAGGUUUGGAGACCCUGUAGAUGGAAGGUUGGAACCUGAAUGGCCUGUGAAUCCAUAAUGUCGGACCCCAUAGAUGGAGGGUUGGAAGCGGAAUGUCCUGUGAAUCCAUAGUGUCGGGAGAAAUGUCUCUACUGAAUAGCACUACAGUGGGAAGGAGUCCGUGGAGGAGUUACGGGAGAAUGGUACAAAAAUACACGAGGAGUCAGAGUCCCUGGAGGAGUUACGGGAGAAAGGUGCGAAAAUACACGAGAGGUCGAUCGAUCCCAAAAAACCAAGAUUGUCUGGUACUUCGCAGCAACCGAAUUUUUUGCCAACGAGUAUAUCUUAAAUUGCCCGCUCCAUCCCAUGUGCUAAAGUGGGGAAGCUGGCCUGCCAAUUACGGACUAGGGUUCACUACCGCUAAAGGUCGUGUGUUUGGUACUUACUCUAUUAUGUGAUGAAUUCUAACGUAUCCACUGUCCCUUUCAUUUUGGGUUGAUUGGAUUUGACUCUCUUUUA